AUGGCGUUCGUUGACGAUGAUGAAGACGAAGACUCUGUGCCUCGAUCAGCCUCAGGUUACUAUUUCGAAGACAACGACGAAACACCAGUGUCGUUCGCGCGUCUGCCAAUUCAGUGGAGCGUGAAGGAGAAAGUAGAUGGAAGUGCAGCUGGUUUCUACUUGCGAGGAACCUCUGAUGGCUUGCCGCUGCAUAAGCGUGUUAAAGCUUGGAGAUUUGACCUUUCCAACUUUAGUCCGGAGAUUUUCGUUCUGACCAAGGACAAUUUCUGGAUCAAGCUUGAGAAGCCGAGGAAGAGCUUCGAGGAGAUGAUAAGAAGUGUUUUGGUAACCGUGCACUCCCUUCAGUUUCUUAGGAGGCAUCCCCAAGCUUCGGAUAAAUCUCUCUGGGAGCAUUUAUCUAAGAAUCAGAUUUUCAAGGCUUAUGAUGUGAAGCCAUCACAGAAUGAUUUGGUGGAUCACACUGAUUUAAUCGCUGAAGCUGUUAAAAGAGAUGUAAACUUGGCGAAAUCAAAGUUUAUACUUGCAUUUCUCGCAAAGAAGCCUACCAAAAAGAGACUGCCUGAUGAGGACAAUCCAAAGGAUGAUUUCAUAGUUGGAGACGACUCAGCUGUAGCUUCUGAUGAAGAUGAAUUGGAUGAGGAGGACGAUGACGAUGAUGUUUUUGAGUCUGUUUGUGCAAUUUGUGACAAUGGUGGUAGUCUUCUGUGUUGUGACGGAAGUUGCCUGAGAUCAUUCCAUGCUACGGAAAAAGAUGGUGUAGAUUCAGAAUGCGAAUCUCUCCACUUUACCAAGAUGCAAGUGGAUGCUAUUCAAAAUUACUAUUGCCCAAACUGUGAGCACAAGAUUCAUAGUUGUUUUAUAUGCAAGAAGCUUGGCUCCUCUGAUAACUCUACUGGGACAGCAGAGGUUUUCCAAUGCGUAUCAGCCACCUGCGGCUACUUUUACCACCCUCGUUGUGUCACGAAACGACUGCAUUUAAAUGAAGCAGACGCUGAAGCACUAGAGAGACAAAUCAUUACAGGAGAGUUCACCUGCCCCUUGCACAAAUGCAGUGUCUGUAAAAACGGAGAGGUUAAGACUGACCAUGACUUACAGUUUGCUGUAUGUCGGCGUUGUCCAACGUCCUACCACAGAAAAUGCCUCCCUCGUGAAAUUUCUUUUGAAGGUAAUGACGACGAGGAUAUAACUACAAGGGCAUGGGAUCUUCUCCUGAAAAACCGUGUACUCAUAUAUUGCCUAGAACAUGAGAUAGAUGAAGAGCUCGCGACACCGGUUAGGGACCAUGUUGAUUUUCCUCCUUUUACCAAGGAGAAGAAGUUUCUCAUGACAGAGAAACGAAAGAUACUGGAAUCACAUGUGGGAAGAGACAAAGCAAGACCUCAGGUUAAGGAUCUUGCCUCACGCGACACUUGUGGGAAAGCUGCUGUAAAAUCAUUUAGAAGUUCGUUGCCAUCUUCGAAAGAUGGUGUCUCGACAAAGAAGCAUGGAUUAGUUUCGUCUGUACCAGAUCAUUUGAGGAAACGAAAGGACGUUGACCCAUUUAGAAAGUCUAGCUUGGUGCCAAACAAAUCCCAGAAAAUGAUGGAAUAUGGAGAGUCCCGUGAAGCUGGCAAGAAGAAAGUGGAAGUGAAUGAACCACGUGAAGCUGGAAAAAACAAGGUUGGAGUGAAAGAGUCACACAAAGCUGAUAAAAGCAAGGUUUCACUGGGUGAGAGGUUGUUUGAAUACACGCAGGACCGUAGCAUAGUAAAGCCUGGGCGCGUGGUUUCAGUUGAUAGCAAACACAAUAAAACUGACUCAGUUGUCUCCAAGGGCCCAAGAAGUGAAACUCCUACAUUAGACGAUGACUCUCAAAGGAGGCUCUUGGCGGUCAUGAGAAAAGCUACGGAAGAUAUAACUAUGGAUGCGAUAUUGAACAAAUACAAAGCUCCAUCUACGCAUACAAACUCCACAAUGAAUGUUGUGAAUAAGACGAUCACUAUGGGGAAGGUAGAGGGAUCAAUUCAGGCUGUCCGAACAGCACUAAAAAGGCUAGAGGAAGGAGGAAACAUUGAGGAUGCAAAAGCUGUUUGUGACCCAGAGGUUCUGGACCAAAUCGUCAAGUGGAAGGAUAAGCUUCAAGUUUAUCUUGCUCCUUUUCUUCAUGGUCCGCGCUAUACCUCCUAUGGUCGUCAUUUUACUCAUGUCGACAAACUUCAACAGAUUGUAGAUAGGCUCCAUUGGUACGCAGAUGAUGGUGAUAUGAUUGUCGACUUCUGUUGUGGUAGUAACGACUUUAGCUUGCUGAUGAAAGCGAAGCUUGAAGAAACGGGGAAGAAGUGUUUGUAUAAAAAUUAUGACCUUUUACCAGCGAAGAAUGGUUUCAAUUUUGAGAAAAGAGAUUGGUUUAGUGUAGGCGAAGAGGAGUUGUUACCAGGUCAUAAGCUGAUUAUGGGGCUAAAUCCGCCAUUUGGAGUCAAGUGUGCUCAUGCAAACCGGUUUAUUACUAAGGCUCUUGAGUUUCGCCCAAAGAUUCUCAUCCUCAUUGUUCCUCGCGAGACUGAUAGGGUAGAUAGAAGGAAGUCACCUUAUGAGCUUAUAUGGAAGGAUGAGGUUUUCCUAUCUGGACAUUCAUUUUACCUGCCUGGCUCUGUCAAUAACGAAGACAAACAAGUAGGUGACUGGAACAAGGUUGCACCGCCACUUUCUCUCUGGAGCCGGUCUGACUUUGCAGCCCAGCACAAGGAAAUAGCGGAAAAGCAUGACCAUUUGUCUACGGGUGUUGGGAGCUCAAACGCAUCUUUGCAUCCAGGUGCAGCUUCUGAUGGCAUAUGCAAUGAUAUCUCUACGCGGAGAGAUAGUCCCGUUCAUAAUGGUGUGAAUUCCAGAUUGGAAAACGAAGAUGUUCCUAUGGAAAUAGAUGAACUUGAGGUAGAUGAUUGUGUUAAUAAUAUUCUGCUCUCUGAGAGAAUCGAAGCGCGGGAAACUGUAGCAUUUGUAAAUCAUCAGUCGGAUCACUUGUCAAGGGGAAGUCAGCUGGAAAAGACCAAAGAACGCUUUGGGAAGUCGGUGGAUUGGAAGAGAAAUGACUUGGAAGAGGACCAACCGGAUGAUCACUUGUCAAGGGGAAGUCAGCUGGAAAAAACCGAAGAUCGCUUUGGGAAGUCGGUGGAUUGGAAGAGAAAUGACUUGGAAGAGGACCAACGAGAGUUGAAUAGAGGACGAGAGAGCAGCAUCGAAGUAAAAAUCCCCAAGAUGACACCUGAUUGGCAGAGUCCUGUGAGAUCUUCUUCGGAUGAUAUAUACGCUGUCUGCACAUCAAUUUCCAAUACUACACCACACAGAUCUAACGAGCCUGUGGAAGCAGCUCUGCCUGUAAUACCAAGGAAAAAGCCUAACGGUAAAGUGCAGGGCGUUGGAAAACCUGAAGAGCUGCGGAGCAGGUCGUCGACGAGCUCUGUAAGAUCAUCUAGAGAGGAUGUCGACACUGUUCGUCCAUCACCAGCAAAUACGAGUCAGAAACCGUACGAAGCCUUUGAACAAUCUUAUGGUGCAAGCUUGUCCCAUUUCAACGAUGGUCUUGCUGAAAAGUAUGGUAUUGGUGGAAGCUACAGACUUCCGGAUCCUCCUUUAAUACCGGAUCAGUACCCAUUGACACCCUCUCUGAGGAACAGUCCUAACGAGAUGUUUGAUUACCGAGGAGGAUACUCUGACCUCAACAGAGGGGCUGUUGGUCCAAGAGAGUAUCCGCAGCAGCAGUACGGUGGGCAUUUGGACCCAAUGUUACCACCUCCUCCUCCAAAUCUGAUGGACAAUGCGUUCCCGUUGCAACAACGCUAUGCGCCUCAUUUUGAUGGAAUGAUUUACCAGAGGAUGAGCUCUUUCCCACCUCAGCCUCCAAUGCAACAACCUAGUGGACACAGUUUCUAUGAUCCUUCUGGCCUUCCGUUGCCGCCACCACCACCGCCACCGCAUGGAGACUUUGGGAUGAGUCCAUUGGGUUUUGCCCCUGGCCCGAACUAUCCUUAUAUUGGCAGAUCCGGAGGUUGGAUUAAGGACUAG